AUGACGCCAUCAGUCUCCUCACCUGUCACACAAUCAAGUGUGACAGCAUCAAAUUCAUCGUCAAAAUCACUGCUUUAUCUCAUUGAUUUUGGAGAUGGAAAGAGCAAUAAAACUUGGCGAGAGGGAUCAAUCCUCAGACAUCAUUACGUCACUCCUGGCGAGUUCAACAUCAUUUUCGUGGCUUCUCGGGACGUGCCGCGGGAAAUUUUAGGAAGUACGGGACCUCCGCUGACUAACCAAUCGGAUGCCAAGAGUGGAGAGGCUGGACUGUAUUUAUUUCCAUCUCUUCAUUUUCUGUCGAGGACCAGAGUAGAGGCCUGGCAGGUACAUGCUGAGAAACCUGGCCUCAUCCAGUUGCAGAUUUACAGGGCGAAAUUGAACCGUACGAGCUGUUCAAGGUACAGAGGAGUAAAAUCAUCCUGCGGGGAAUGGGUUCCAUCCAGCGAUCGCUGUAAGAAGGUAUGCUUCGAUGUACGUCAUUGGCGGUAUAAAUCCAUCAUGCCUUGUGGGCAAAGGCGCAGUAACUAUCUUAAAGUGUAUAGCGUGGAGGCGAAUCUUACAGCAGGGCAUAACUUGAUUGUCAUACCAAAGGGACAAUGGUUUACUGCAGAUGUCGGAGACAUUGUGGGCUUCUAUAGAAACUCAUCAGGUGCUGAGCUGACGCAAAUUACCGCUGGGAAAAAUGGAAGUGUUUAUUUUAUGCCAGCGCGGAACACGUUUGAUAUUUCCGUGGACCUUUCGAGAGCGCAGCCUUUGGAGUUGUCUUUUGAUAUAAAACUGUACGGCUCAAUUAGGGUGGCAGCUGCCAUCUUUGUUUCAUGUUUAGAAAAGGUUGGACUCUAUCCUCUAAUAACGACUUUUGCUAACGCUAUCAGCUCCCACAAAGUGAUCGCAUUCCGAUCUUUAAUUACGGUUCAAAACUCAGUGGCACAUGUGCGCCUGUUGUAUGAAGAGUUCAUUAAAGUGAAUACCACAACAAACAUUACCGCGAGGGUGGAACAAGGCACUAACGUAACGUGUGAAUGGUACAUUCCUGACUCAAGUCUGACAGUUCGUCAGUCUCCCUAUCUUGAAAACAACAAUACCACCGAAGGAGGAGUUUUCCAGUACAGUUCUUCGUACAGUUAUCUUGGAUAUGUAUACGUAAAAGUAACUGUAACCAAUCUUGUCUCUCAAAAGAGAAAGAGUGAUAACAUUAUUCUGUCAGUGCGUCAGUCGAUAAAAGGUCUACGAGCGAGCGUGUGUCAUAAUGCGUUUGCGUUCGAGAACGCGGAAACGUGUAUGGUUUCCAACGCGACACAAGGCUCAGAGGUCGGAUGCACGUGGGAAUUUGGCCCAGAUGAUUACACUGCAAGGGAGAUGGGUAAAACCAUCAGUCAUGUAUUUACACCAGGAGGCCCGACGAAUUUCACUCUGCACUGCUAUAAUAAGAUCUCAAAGUCGUCCGUCCCUCACACUGUUCAAGUUAUUCCAAAUCCGUUGUCUAUUGAUGCCCCCCUGAAAGUCCCAGCCGGUGUGCCUGUGAAAAUAACCUGUCUAGUAAAUUGGCCUGGGGGGACACCAGCUUUGUUCUUUGAACAACAUGGGUUAAAGGGGAGGAGGGGAAGCGACAUUGUAGCAGAUCCUGUGUUAACACUUCGGGCGUCUGGAUACAGCAACAGCAGCAAAGGCAAUGUGACAAUGUAUAAAAGCUUUGGCAGAGCACUACAUAGACGAUAUAGAAUAACGUGCAAAUCCAAUAGUUAUCCUGACUUGAACAUUGUUCACUCGUUGAGGGCAAUUUACAGUGUCAAAGGAAUAAAUAUUACUUCUGACUGUGCUUUACAGGCCGAGGUCGGAACGAAAUGCAAAUUUCACGUUCAUCUCCUUCGCGGGGAUUUUCCAGUAUUUACCUGGAAAAUCCGAGAGUCUGACAAUUAUUCAACUGUCUCAAAAGGGAGGAAAAUCGUCCAUCGCUUUGUCAACACAGGAUUCGCGAACAUUACCGUUAACGCGAGUAAUGAUGUGUCCUUUCGCACGAAAACGGUCCAGUUCUUUGUGUAUUCGACCCACACGCAAAGUGCAACUGCAACUGAGUCGCCCUCACGCCUUGUCUAUCAGUCGUCAAUAAUGUCAACAUCUACAUCACCUUUACAUGCGAGCGAUAGCUUGAGCGGGGUUAUUUCUUCGUAUUCAACGUACAGUGAAGAAGCAGUAAUGUCCAUAAGACCUUCUAGUGUUACCUUUUACAAAUCUGCAUCAGUGGAUCGCCAUCAGAUUCCUUCCCUAAAGGACAUCAUACUUCGUCACGCUUCUGUUGGUUUGGUUGGUCACGCAAUCGACUUCUCAGUAGAACUUGUCACAAAUCCUCAUCUUGUACGCUUCAUUUGGAACUGGGGUGAUAGAUCAAGCUUAGAAGAAGCUGGAUCUACUUUAUCACACACCUUUUAUCACCCGGGACAAUAUUUCAUCACAGUGAAUAUUACCUCUACAGUUGAUCAUGUGGUAUUAUCUGGCCACGUGACCGUCCAGUAUCGCCUCAUAGAUUUGCAUAUCAGAGACUUAGCUGUGACGUCAUCUAACCUCUUGGUUUUGAAAUUUGAAAUUCUCCAAGGAGACAACGUCACAUACUCACUAAAAUAUGGUGACAAUACUGAAGCGCAAGUGGGGUUUUUACGAACGUUACCUGAUUUUGUGACGGUAGCCCAUCAGUACAACGAGCGUGGCAUUUAUCGUUUGUCCAUUACAGCGACCAGUGCUGUUGGCCCUGAUAUCUCAGUGCAGCGGUCGGUUUACAUCAGUGAAAUACCGUGUGUUAUACAUGAACUACGCAUGCUCGGUGCUGGUGAUAACAGCAGUCAAUGCCCUGAGAUUGAACAAGAGAAUGAAUAUUCUCUCUACUCUUCUUUGAAAAUAAACUGCUCUAAUUACGGAGAACUAGAAUAUAAGUGGAAGAUAGAAAAUAUUUUGAACGAUGCCCUCACCAAGGUUGUCCACUUGUCGAAGGAAGUUCUGUCUUCGAGUGCGCUCUUACUAGAAUCUCAGUCCCUCAGGAGUGGUCUUUACAAAUUUACCCUCUUAGUAACAGCAAAACCUCUUGGGCUAUCGAAAUCUGCAAUUGGAUUUCUACGCGUGCGCAUGCCGAAACUGCUGGCUGUCAUAGACUGUGGGAACAAGAGAGUUAUGCCUUGGAAUCAAGAUAUCGUUUUGAAUGCUUCGUCUUCACGUGACCCGAAUGAUUUUUACGACAGCCGAGGCAAAAGUUCUUUGUCAUUUGAGUGGUUUUGUGACAACAAUCGCAGUGUCUCUUGUUUUAAGGAAUCAAUUGAUAACAGAGGGCCCGCGUUGGUGUUUCCUCCGAAGUACCUUGAUCUCAAUAGAACAUAUAGGUUCGUUGUUGUGCUAACCAAAGGAUCGAGGAAGGCUGAAGCAACACAGAGUAUAGAGGUUGUGUCAGGCAGUUUCCUUCCGCUUUGCGUCAGAUGCAAGGAAAAUUGCGCGCACAAGCUAACACCUUCCAAAGAACUGAUCCUCGAUGGUGUCGGUUGCCAAGACGAUACAAAUACAACCUGCAUUUGGGAACUUUACGGACCUCCCCAAGCAAACGGGCGGAUUUCAAAACGCUCUAUAGGUGUACAGUUAAUUAGAGUUUCUUACGCGAAACAGUUCCUGCUGGAUCCUAGGAACUUGAUUUCGAAUAGGAUUUACACGAUUCUCUUUACCAACAACAACAGCGGCUUCUCGGCGCAGUAUUCGGUAAUAACCGACAUGUCUCCGACUAAUGGAUCAUGUUUUGUAUCGCCUUGGGAAGGCCAAGUAAUCGAGACGCAGUUUAUCAUCAGCUGCGCGGGUUGGAGGGACGAAGACAUGCCUCUUCAGUACGAGUUUUUCCUUGGAAAUCCCGAGCAAGGACCGUUGCUGCUGUACUAUGGGUGGACGCCGUAUUCUAAUGGAUUGUUCCUUCCCCCAGGAUUGAACGAUAACGAUCACAACGUGGACCUUUUUGUGAAAAUUUCAGACGCUCUAGGAUCCUACAGAAUCGUUCCUCUUCAAGCGAAGGUGAGAAGUUUUGGUGCCGAGGCUGAUUCUGUCAGCUCAAUUCUGAAAGGAAUUGUCAGCGGACCUGACUCUAUGCUGGAGAAACUUCUCGAGGUCGGAGAAUUCCAACAAGCAACACAAUUGAUGACGACCGUCGUCACGGUUUUAAACCAAGUAUCUUCUCAGGAACACUUCUCUGAUUCUACCGAGAUGGGUAACCGUGUGGAGGUCCGACGUGCAGUGAUCGCUGAACUGUCUCAGGUGUGUUGCAGUAGUCCGCAGAGUAUCCAACAAGCUCUAGGUGGACUUCUUCAAGCCAUCGGAGUAACCGCUGAACUAUCACCUGAAGCACUGGAGGAUGGUGCAAUUGCUCUCUCAAACAUGGCCGAAGCAUUGGUUAUUAAAUUCAAGAGCUUCCAAGCAGCGAACGAGUCCAGGGACAUUAUUCGUGGUUUGAACAUCAUCCUGGAAGCAUCUGUGUCUACAAGUAAUGAAGUAAAACGCCAACAGAAUUCGGAUGAAAUCAAAGACUGGAUUGAUGAUAGUAAUGAGGCCAGAAAUAAAGACCACCAGGAGAAGUGCGAACAAGCCACUACUAAGUCCUUAAAGGGUAUCAAUUAUGCUGCACAAAAACUAUUGGACUAUCAGCGCAAUGGAGAUCCACCCAACCACGUGUCCUCAAGCUUGAUGAAAAUGACCCUUACUCGCCAGUCUCCCAGUGACAUAAAUGACGCGGCGCUGAACGGUGGAGUGGUCACUUUUAAAAUUCCGGAAGAAUUAAAGAAAGACAGACUCGGUGCUUUUAACACAGUUAAUACAAAGGUGAUAACCAUGUCCCAGACCCCGUUCAUUUCAAACGAUGCCACUCCCAUUGAUACACCAGUAUCGACGCUUGAGUUCUUGGAGACUUCUGGGAAGGAAAUCCAAAUCCAGGAUCUUGCAGAACCUGUGUCUAUAUUCUUGUCGCUGAACCAAACAGAUAUUAAAGAUCGUAAUAACAUGACUGGUAUCAUCGAUGCUAAAGAGAACAUCACAAUCUUCAAGAUCGAUUCCGAUAAUAAAAGUGCACUUUACCUUACGAUAAACUGUACUGGAGUCAUGAGCGGCCACAAACUAAUUUUUACGGGAAGGAGAAACUCAAAGCCUAGGACUGACACCUUUGACUUCCGAUGGAUUAUCGCCUCGUGUAACACCACUUUAAAGCGACUCAUAGCGCGAAAGUAUUUAAAUACUUCGGAGAGGCUCUACCUCGGUGUGAAGUUACAGACGAAAAGUAAUGCUACGAAUAUUACAGCUAUCACAUCUAGGAUACGCUAUCAGGUAUCCGUGAUGGCCGUCGGCUGUUAUUAUUGGAACGAGAAAAUGCAGGCGUGGACCACAGAUGGUUGUGAGGUUGGUUCCCUGACCACACCAGAGCGCGUUGAAUGUCGUAGUAAUCACUUAACGUGGUUUGGAAGCCGUGUUUUUGUUCCUCCCAAUAAACUUGACCUGAACCUCAUAGCCAGCAGAAUAUCAGACCCGUCGAACUAUGCCCCAGUCCUUUCCGUGCUCUGUGUCACAUUUGGUUUGUACUUUUUGAUUCUCGUCUGGGCUCGUCGACAGGAUCAAAAAGAUAAAAAUAAGACAGGCUUAACUUUGAGCCCGAGCAACAGACCAGGAGAUGAACAUGCUUACGAGGUAGUCAUUUGUACUGGCAUGCGCAGACACGCUGGUACAACUGCAAACGUUGCCAUGACAAUAACAGGAGAAAACUGCGAAAGUCAUGCGUUUCUGCUUAGGAGCAGCCAUCGAGUGACGUUAGCUCGAGGCAGCGUCGACUCGUUUCUCUUAACGACCUCGGAGACCCUCGGGGAGCUGUUGUACAUCCGAAUGUGGCACGAUAACUUCGGUAAGGAUCCAGCUUGGUUCGUAAAGCAGAUAUCCAUACGUGAAAUUGACACUGAUGGAGUGUGGUACUUCGUGUGCGAACGCUGGCUUGCGGUAGACGAAGGUGAUGGUCUGAUUGAUAGAAUAUUUCCAGUAACAAGCAACAAGGAAUUGAACGAGUUUCGGCGUUUGUUCUUGACUAAAGCCUACAAUGACCUGACUGACUCGCACUUGUGGUUUUCAGUUGUGUGGCGACCGCCUCAGUCCCCUUUCACACGGGUUCAGCGGGUGUCUUGCUGCCUCUCAGUUCUGUUGUGUACCAUGAUGGCCAACGCCUUGUGGUACGAGAGUGAUACAGGCCGCUACAGUGCUGUUCAGCUCGGUCCUUUUGAAUUUUCUUGGGAACAAGUUUCCAUAGGAAUAUGUAGCAGUCUUAUCGUGUUUCCAAUCAAUUUGCUUUUGGUGCAGAUUUUUAGACACUGCCGCCCUGAGGCUACACGAAAUCAUGGCUGCUUCAAGCCAAAACCCAGACAACGAUUCUCGUCCAUUAAAACGGAAAUCACUAUGGUUAAAUUCGGAUCUAGGGAAGGCUCUGCGCUUUGUAUCCACUCCGCUGGUCAAAGCCAAAGUGUAAACAAAUGCUCUCCACAAGAACCACAAAAAUACUACGAAGAUAAAGGAUUUAGCUUGGCAUCUGCUUUACGGUCUGCUCAUUUUCCUGCUCUUUCAGUAUCUUUGGCAAUGGAAUCUCCCCCUGAUUCAACCUCUGAUAUAAGAUCUCUUUUAACAAGAUGCUCUCCAUCUCGGCAGUCACCCACAAACGACUCUGAGAAGUCGUCGAAUGCACCAACUGCGAAAUAUGCACCACGUGCGAAAGGACUGCCUUGGUGGUUUAUCUAUGUCGGAUGGUUUUUGGUCAUAAUAACCUCGCUAACGGCUGCAUCGGUUACACUGCUGUACGGGAUCCAGUUUGGUCUCAAGAAAUCCACACAAUGGCUCAUAUCCAUGUUCUUCUCGCUCUCACAAGAUAUUUUUGUGAGCCAACCGCUCAAAGUUGUCGCUUUUGCUGUAGUUUUCGUCUACAUCUUUAAAAAGCCCAGCAAAGUCGCAUUUUCGCCAAAAUCACAACUCAAAUUCGACGAGCAACCGUUACAGGAACAGCUUCAGGAUUCGGAAGAAGACUUCGGGGAACGUCCUGAAGCACCUCCUGUUGAGGUGCCGACAGAGGAUAGUAUAAAGCGCGCCCGAGACAGGGCACAAAAGGAACGUAUGAUGCACGCCAUACUGCUUGAUAUAGGAUCCUUUCUAGUGUUUACAUUACUUGUUCUCCUCAUUGCCUAUGGCUUCAGAGAUCAAAGCGCUUUUCGUCAGAAUGACGCUGUUGCCAAAGUUCUACUACAGCAAAGCUUUAGCGGGAAACCAAGGGAGUCUAAGCCGGAGCGAUUCACUGAGAUCAUUCGACAGAGAGAUAUGUGGGACUGGAUGGAGCUCGCAAUGCUUCAGACAUUGUACAAUUUGCCAUCAUACUUUUACACCGGAAAAGCACCAACGUUUAUUGAAGGGGAAAGUGGACAUGUAGUGGGCAUUGCCCGAUUGCGGCAGCACAGGACGAAAAGAGAUUCUUGUCGUGUGGUACCCCAAGCACAAGAUUUCUUCUCAAGGUGUUCUUCACAGUACGAAAUGACUACAGAGGAAAAACAAGCAUAUGCAACUGGCUGGGAUUCACUCUCAAACAAUACUAAGAAUUCGUCACCGAGUCCCUGGAGAUACAGCUCUGCUAGCGACUUAGACGGCUACCCUUACACGGGUGGUAUAAAAACAUACUCGGGAGGGGGAUAUGUGCUGGAACUGUCUCUCAUUUAUUACAAAGCCUUGCGACAGAUCAGGGAUUCCAGAACUGCGCUCUGGUUGGAUCGCCACACACGAAGCAUGUUUAUCGAGUUUACACUUUACAACCCAAACAGCAACCUAUUCUGUGCGGUAACGUUUCUGAUGGAGGUAUUUCCAACAGGAGGAGUCUUCCCACACUCAGAGGUCCUUGCGUACCGCCUCUACCGUUACGCGGGUGAUUUCCAAUUGUUUAUUCUCGCCUGUGAAGUGUUCUUCUUAUUAUUUGUACUUUACUUCACCUACCGAGAAGCUAAAAAGAUUUACAAAACAAGGAGAAGGUACUUCACAGAGCUGUGGAAUUUGAUGGACCUUGCUGUGUUGAUGCUCUGCUGGAUCGCUCUGUCGUUUUAUUUUAUCUGUCUGGGAUUAAGGAAGUGGACUUUGCACUUUUAUCACCAAAAUCCAACCAAGUUCAUUAGUUUCCAGUACCUCUCAGCUUGGCAGCUUAUGUUCGAAAACGUGGUUGGUGUAACAGUGUUUGUCACUUGUCUCAAGUUUAUCAAACUGUUGAGAUUCAACCGGAGAAUAUUUCUUCUUUCCUGUACAUUGCGACACGCAAGCAAAGAACUCUUGCAAUACUUUAUUGUAUUCAUCAUCGUCUUUCUGGCGUUUUCGCAGCUUUAUCAUUUUCUGUUAGCCAGCAACUAUGAAUCGUUCAGCACGCUGAUUGGCUCCAUGCAAAAACUACUCAGUGUUCUUUUGGGACAAUUCGACUUGGAAGAAAUGAUGGGAUUGCACAAGAUCCUUUGCGCGGUGAUAUUCUUUCUCUACACAAUCCUGACCAACUUCUUGUUUCUAAAUCUUCUCAUUGCCAUCAUAAUUGAAUCUUUCGAAGUUGUAAAACGGCAAAAUGACUAAAUGCAGAACGAAUUUGAAAUGCUGGAAUUUAUCAUGAGGCACUUCAGAGAUUUCUUAGGCAUAAGAGCCCUGAACAGAGCCUCUGAGGAAUCGCAGCUCACGUUUUCUAACAAGGCCAUAAACAGUUAUCUGCAUCCGAGUAAAAAGACGCGCGCAAACAGAAGAGAGAGAGCUGAGCGUCUUGAAAAAGCCUUAGACAGACUGGCAUGUUACGUAAAUGUGAUCAACGAUAUCGAGAAUGAAGAUGACUUGCUUUGCUGUUACAUCUCCAGGAGAAUUCGUCAUGGGUCUUUAAAAAAGGCAAAAAAUGCUGAAUCUCGUUUUUAACGAGAUAAUAUGCCUGUCUGGACACUUAAUUAGCUCCCGAUGGUUGCCAUUUCAACGGACUGAAGAGCUAUGGGAACUCAAAACUGCCUGUUCGUGUAUUUAGACUCGUUCAUUUAACUAGCUAAGCCCCACCAACUUGAACUUCAUCUCCUAUCCUGGAGAGCUGAUCGUCUUUUAUAUUUCAGAUUGACUUUUCGUCAAUACGCAAAAAUCUAAACGAUUGAAUUGUGUUAC